CAGAGGAGACAAAAUGUCAACGCAGAGAAAAGAGAGAGCAGAGGAGGAGAACAGAGAGGAGGAGAACAAGGUGGAGGAGGAGAGGAGUGACGAUGAGGAGGACUUUGAGGAGGCGAUGAGAGAGUUCGCCUCCUCCACUGCUUCCAGAAGAAAAUGCGAACCUCCCAAACUUCAAAUGAUUCCAAAAAUCCCAGAGGCGGUGGACGACUUCCUGAGGAACUUUCUCCGGAAAUUAGGGAUGAGCCGGACUCUGAGGAGCUUUGAGGCCGAGUGGUACGGCUCGGCUCAGAAACUCCAGACUGAAUCUCUGAGGAUGACUUCAGCAGGAGUGUCCUUCAUCCCUGACGCGCUCACACACAGGCAGCUCCUCCACAGCGAGCUGCAGGAGGUCCACAGAGAGACCGAGCUGCUCCGAGAGGAGGUGCUGGCUGCAGGGGAGAGACUGGGGAGGAUGCGGAGGGAGACGGAUUUCCACCGGCUGCAGUACAGACGAGUCCAGGAGGAGAAAAACAGGCUGAUAAACGACUUCAAAAAGCUGAAAAAACACCUGGAGUCAUACGAGCCGGCGCUGAAACAGCUGGACGAGAAAUAUCAAACAGCUCUGAGUCAGAAAAUGCUAAUCAGUAUAGAAAAGGAGCGAGUUAAAAGCAGCAUAAAUGCACAACCGAACCAGGAAAAACCCAAAAUGAAGAAAGAAAGAAGCAUCAAAAGCGGAGACAGGCCUGAUAAAUCUCCAGAGAAAAGCAACAAAAUGAGAUAUCCAAAGUUUCCUGACCCACACCUGGCUCAGGUGAGUUUUGAAACAUGUAAAAGUUCCUUCAGUCUGUCCUGCUCCAUGAGGGCUCACCAGCUCCCCAUCAGCUGCGUCGACCUGCAUCCACGAAAGCUGGUCCUCUCCUCCGCCAGUGACGACCGCAGCUGGAGACUGUGGGCGCUGCCAGCCGACGGAGAGAAGGUUGGUCAGAUGGUGAUGACAGGUGAGGGUCAUUCUGAUUGGCUGUCCGGGUGCAGUUUUCACCCUGACGGCGCAAAACUGGCGACCACAAGUGGAGACAGCACGGUAGGUUCCUCUCUACAUUAUUCUCCCGUGUCGUCUGAUCUUCUCGUCCUGUCGUUGAUUCUCGGACGGUUCCUCCUGCAGGUGCGUCUCUGGGACUUCUCUCGUGGCUGCUGCGUGCUGAUGCUCGCCGGUCACACUCAGCCGACCUGGGGCUGCUCCUUCCACUCGUGCGGUCACCUCCUGGCGUCUUGCUCUGCCGACAGAACCAUCAAGCUGUGGGACCUGAACAGAGCGAGCUGUCACCUUACACUGCGCCGCCACACCGCCUCCGUCAACAGCGUCCGCUUCCUGCCCUUCUCUGACCUCCUCCUCGCCUGCUCCGCUGAUAAAACCCUCGCCUUGUGGGACGCCAAAGUGGGUAUCUGUGUUGCCACCUUCCAGGGUCACCAGCACCCCUGCAACGACGCCGCUUUCAGCCUGGCAGGAGGCAUCGCCGCCUCCUGUGACACCGGCGGCGUCGUCAAGCUGUGGGACGUCAGGAAACCGUCAUCAGCAACCGCAACUGUAGAAGCUGGACAACAGGCCGCCAAUCAGGUGGCGUUCAGCCCAUCAGGGAAGACUUUAGCUGUUGCCUGCAGUGACGGUCUGGUCAGGAUGGUGGAUGUGGCUUCUCUCGUUGUGAGCAGCCUGUCGGGACACAGCGAUGGCGUGCAGAGUGUGACGUUUGACCACAAGGGGGAGACUGUGAUAUCAGCGGGGAGUGAUGGGUUGAUAAACGUCUGGUCAUGACCAACAGGAAACCUUGAAGUUAUAGAGACAACAGAAGAACUACCAAAGACUGCAGUUCCUCAAAUGGCCACAUGGGGAUGGCUCGGUGAGCGAGUCACUGCCCAUAGAGCCACAUGUUUCAUAACUCUACUGCAGGAAUAAACACAGAACUGUGGGUACAAAAAGAACAUUUCCUGAUUUGUUACACCAUCUCUAUAUAACUCCAGUUUAAAGGAUUAACCUCAUUAAUAAUAAAUAAAUAACCAGACAGCAUGAAGGUGGUGAUUUUAACAUUUGU